AUGAUCAUUGAACGAGCAGAGCGUUGGGAGCGACGUCCCGGAGCGACACCAGCAAUGGAUAGCUGGUGGCAACUCGAGGCAACUGCAUACCAGCGCGGAUGGUUUGGUCCCGGGAGUAUUAUUAUCAUUACAACCGAAGAUAGAAAGCUUCUCAAGCAACUCAGACUGGGGAUCGAUCAUAUCUACGAGAAGGAAUUUCCAACUGAAGAUGAGGCUCUUGAGAUCUUUUGCCAAUAUGCUUUCGGUCAAGACUCUCCGUAUGAUGGUUUUGAAGAGCUUGCUAGGGAAGUUACUUGGCUUGCUGCUGGUAAUCUUCCUCUAGGCCUGAGAGUCAUGGGAUCUUAUUUACGAAGAAUGUCCAGGGAACAGUGGAUAGAUGCACUACCAAGGCUCAGGUCUAGCCUUGAUAGAGAAAUUGAAUCAACUCUAAGAUUUAGCUACGACGGGUUAAGUGAUAAAGAUCAAGCUCUUUUUCUACAUAUUGCAUGUUUCCUUUCUUGUUCCCUCUGGAAGGUUGAUAGAGUUAAGAGGUGUCUUGCAAACUGUGGUCUGGAUGUCAACCAUGGGCUUCAAGUCUUAGCUGAUAAAUCUUUUAUUUCUAUAAAUAAAAAUGGAUACAUAGAGAUGCAUAGUUUGCUGGAACAAAUGGGUAGAGAAAUUGUGAAGAAACAGUCUUUGGAGGAGCCUGGAAAGCGACAGUUCUUGUGUGAUACCAAGGAAAUUUCUGAAGUACUUGAAGAAAGUACUGGUACUGGAAAAGUCCUAGGCAUAUUUUUGCAUUGGGGUGAGAACCUCCAAAUAAGUAAAAGCGCUUUCGAUGGGAUGAAUAAUCUCCAGUUUAUUAAAGUCAAAACUAGUAGUAAAGUACGCAUACCCGAAGGCCUCAACUGUCUUCCUGACAAACUCAAGCUGAUACAUUGGACCUACUGUCCAUUGAGAUUUUGGCCUUCCAAAUUCUCUUUCAAGUUUCUUGUCGAACUAAUCAUGCACUUCAGCAAAUUUGAGAAGCUUUGGGAGGGAAUCCAAGUAAAUAAUUCUGCAUUUUCUUGUAUUAUAUUGUAUUUCAUGUAAAGCACCGUAAGUCAUUUCUCUAAAACUCAAAAAAAAAAUUGUUUUUUUUU